UUGCUGGACUGGGACAUGGGCAACGAGUGUUUCUUGUCCUUCACCACGACGCACUUGUCCCUGGCCACGCAGAAACUUGCCAGAUACAGACUCCAAAUAGUUUAUCCACCAAAGCUGCCUUUGGAAAAAAUACCCAACCCGGAUAAAGAUGGUCCAAACAUUAAGCCCAGCCUGUGGAUGUGGGUGAACCCAAACAUUGUGUAUCCUCCUGGGAAGCUGGAGGUCAAAAGACCUAAAAAGGAGCCAAUCCUGGAAGAGGAAGGAGCCUCUGAGGCCUGGUCACCUCCUCGAAAGUGGAAGAGGAAGCAGAAGGACAAGCACCUUGCCUCUUCCUCUAAGGCCUGCAAAGAGCAUCCAGAAGAGGAGCAGGCCAAGGACCAGGAUGACAGCUCCUCUGUGGCUCUCCCAUCCCUUCCCACAAGGGCCCCCUUCCAGAGGAGGCUUCGGCAAGCCAUCAGCCCAGAGGGGAGGCUCUGGUCCCGCCCUCCUCUCAAUUACUUCCAUCUAAUUGCCUUGGCACUCAGAAACAGUCCUCCCUGUGGCCUCACCGUGCAGCAGAUCUACAACUUCACUCGAGAACACUUUCCUUUUUUCCGGACAGCUCCAGAAGGCUGGAAGAAUACAGUCCGUCACAAUCUCUGUUUCCGAGACAGCUUUGAGAAAGUGCCGGUCAGUAUGCAGGGUGAGGCCAGCAUUCGGCCUCGAUCCUGCCUCUGGAAGUUGACUGAGGAGGGACACCGCCGCUUUGCGGAGGAGGCCCGCACCUUGGCUUCCACACGGCUGGAAAGUAUCCAACAGUGCAUGAGCCAGCCAGAUGUGAUGUUUUUCCUCUUUGACCUUCAAGAAGAAUCCACCAUGCCCUAUUAAAGUUCCCUUCAGC